AUAUCGACAACGCGGAUGCUUCAACUAAGCUAACAGACUCAGCGCAGACCCUGCCCGGCAAGAUCAACAUCUCAGUUACGACUCAUGGCACCGACAAGGACCUCGCGCCCGGUCCGGCCAAAUCUACUAACAACAGAACGGAUGGAGUGACCGGCGUCGCCUCUUUCGAGAAGUCCUUGAGCUUAAGCGUGCUCCACGCAAACCGAAUGCCAAAGACGAUAUAUCUGUGAACAACAGGUCGCGAAGCAAGCUUUCCGUUCCUCAUCCUGGCGUGCGGCCCCGCUCGAUGAGUCCCGGGAGAGGCAGCGCCGCAGCAACGAAAGAAGAGACAGGACCAUGGAAGUUGAUCGCGGAUUCCUUUGAUUUUGACGACGCCGCGACCGAAGACCGGGUGCAAACCGUGACCCCGUACAAAAAGAACCCAGGCCACGCCGAGAGUUUCGUUGACCUGAGGAACGUAAGCUCCACGAUCUACAGUCCGCACGUGAUGACCCACGUCGGCGGUGGCGAGGACCCUCAGAACACAAGGUAUUUUGGAGAGCUCUACAGGAUGAAUAUGUCCCAGCAAAGCAUUGAACAAGCCCACUUCGGCUGCGGAACAAUCUGCCAGCCUUCACCCCGCCGGAUCGAUAUGCGUCCCACUACUCAACCUUCACCGUGCCGGCAGGCGAGGCAAGCUCCGAGCCAUGAAUAUUUCCGAAUAUCACCUCUCCGAGACGGCGGUCGCUCAUCCAUACACCUUCCACAUCCAAGUCAUCGCCACCAAGGACGGGUUGGACCGAACCUUUGACCUGUCACGGAAGCAAUACGAAACGGCGACCGCCAUGACACUGGCGUUUCGGACAACAACGGACCAUCCAGCAGGCGAUAUCUACGUCCUCGCCCGGGUUUAUAACGUG